AUGGCUUCCGAUGUGCAAUUCACCCAGCCCUCCGACGCGCCCAAGCUCGCAGAUGUAUUUUUCGCCGCCUUCUCCGAUCGUUUCAACAGAACCAUGUUCCCGGAUAAGCCGGACGUGCGUGUCUGGAUGAAAAAAAACAUGCUCUGUGGCGAGGGAAUCUCGGAGGACCAGAUCAUGCUCAAGGUGACGGAUCCUUCGAACUCUGACGUCGUGGCGGCGUUUGCGAAAUGGGUUCGCCCCUCGUCUGGAUCUAGCGCGGAUCGCGAUCCGCAGGCUGAGGACCCUGCCGUGUGGCCCGAGAGCAGCGAUGGGGAACUAUGUGAUCGGUUUUUCGGGACGAUGGAUAGGCAUCAUAAAGAUUCUAUGAAGGGAAGGCCUCAUUAUUAUCUCGAAAUUUUGGCCGUUCAUCCAUCGUAUCAAGGGCGUGGGCUGGCCUCCAAGCUAUUGCGAUGGGGUCUUGCGCGCGCUGACGAAGAAGGCGUCGAAGUUUAUCUGUCGAGCUCCCCAGACGGCAGGCCAUUGUAUGAAAAAUAUGGAUUCCAAGUUUUGGACGGGCGGUUCUCGCCUUUCCCUGGCUACGAGCAAGUAAAUAUGAUUCGGCCUGUUCAAAACAAAUGA